AUGAGUUCCAUCAUAUGUGCACUGUUAAUUAUCAUGAGCAAUGGUAUCUUACUAGCAUACCACAGUGAGCAAGUGUCCGAAGUUCAUACGUGGCAUACGAUCACCAGUUUCAAUGGUUCAUGGUACGGCUCAUUACAUGUUUUGACUGAUAAUGAACAAGGUGUGUAUUUUAUUGAUGGUACUGCGAAUCAUUCUCGUAUUGAAAAUCCAUUUACGGUCUCUGAAAGUGCAUCGUUCGACUAUGGUUUAGUUAUUACUGAACAAGAUGAUUUUAAUAUGUUAUAUUCAUUGACAUUGAGUCAACAACUUGAACCAGAUCCAAAGCAAUCGAACAGUCGAAUAUGUGUAUUUCUGAUUAGUGCUGAACGAGCAGCUUGUCCAUAUAUUGUUCCUGUUAGUUUCCAUGGGAAAACCACUUGCUUGUGGGAAAGUGUCGAAGGACGAGGAGAAAACUUUUGGAUUCAAUGA